ACCUUGGCCUCCCAAAGUGCUGGGAUUACAGGCAUGAGCCACUAUGCCCAGCCACACCCUGCCUCUUUUUAGAGUUUGAUAAGUUCUUCGAUUAAGAUGCACUGCAGGAAAAGGCUGUUUCUGUGAAUAGCCACAAAGACUUUCUCUAGAUGCCUGAAGGGAUUGAUGUCAUUUCCCAAAAGGCCAAAUAUAUUUCAACAAAUUAAUCUUCAUUGAAUACCUACUUUAUGCUCAGCAAUCUUUUAAAUUUGAGGAGAAAGUAUAUGAUACCAUCAUGGUCCUUAAAGAACUUAGGAUAACAAUGAUUGAUACUAAGCACUUACUAAAUGCUAUAUACUCUGCUACUGACCUUAUAUACAUAUUGUUUCACUUAGUACUUACAGAACCUGAGGCAUGGAUUACUGCGUCCAUUUUACAGACAAAGAAACUGAGGUUCAGAGAACUAUAGUAACUUGCUAAGUGGCGGGGCAAGGAUUUUACUCUAAAUGCCUGACUCCAAAGCCCAUAGUCUACUUCCCUGAGGUGCAGUUGGAGAGGCAAGAUGGACUCAUGUGAAAACGCAUACUUAUCACCAAAAUAGAUGGUGUCUGGCAAUGGAUGCAAAGCUGUAGGGAUAGUUAAUGUGUGAGAUGUCUGGAUCUAGAGUCUAAAGAUCUUGGCAGACGGGAAGAACAGAUAAAAGUAGUGAAAUGAAAUUUACUGGAGAUAAAUGCAAAAUCCCCCAUUUAAGUAAAAAUCAGCUCUUGAAGUCCUGAGGAGGGGAAAAAUGGUUUAAUAGCACUCUAUGUAGGGAAAAAAGGACUUAGGAAUUUUAGUUACCUGCAGGUUCAAGAUGGGUCUGCAGUAGAACAAUGUGGCCAGCGUAAACACUAAUGCACCCUGAUGUUGUAUUAAUAAAAAUAUGGAAUCCACUGCAAAAUAAAUGAAGACAACAAGAUGAUCAGGGAGCUGGGAGUUUGGUCAUUUGAGAAAUGACUGAAUGAAUUAGGAGUUUUUGGCCUUCAGAUAUUUGAUUCUUGUGGCAGAAGGGUUACGCUUAUUCUACCGACCUCCAGAGGAAAGUCCUGGGCCCCGACCAAAGCGUGGAAGAUCUGGGCUCCACAGAAAAUGUCAUAGAACUAUUCCAGAAUGAUUCAGGCUGCCUGGUGAGGUCAUGAAGUGUGGAAGCAGACGCUGAAUGCUGUUGUGAGAGGGAUUCUAUGGCUCCAAGGGCUGCAGGAGUUCAGAGCAGAGGAGACUCAGGGAGGGCUGGAGGCAUCAGAGGCGGUUCACUGGGAAACUGGAAUGUGGUAGGAUUUAGAAGGUUGCUGAGGAAAGAGUAUUCUAGGUGAGGAAAACAACAUAUGAGAAGAUGAAGGAAGUGGCAUCUUUAAAAGCUUCCUUUAUUUAUUGACUAGGACAUGGCUUGAGUAUGACCUUGUGCUAAUUGGUCAGGAGAGCAAGACUGAAUAAAGGGAUUCUAGGCCAGUGUAUAAUCCCGUAACACUUAGAUUGGAGGCAGGAGAACUUUUUCAGGUACCAUUUUCUGCCAGGAUAUUUGAUAAGAGAGCAUUAACCUAAUACAUGACCCAAGCUGUGUCUUAUUUGCAGGAGACUGACUUCAGCAUGAUGAAACAAACAGGCAUCUCAUCUCUUUUAUUCUUACUUAAAAACCUCAGCCUGCCUGAGCUGUUGGAAAGGAGGGCUGUGAGCUAUUGAACUUUGUUAACCAUGUGUUGCACGACGUGUUGAGUUUUAAAAGACAAGUGGUUGAGGUUAGGUCAACUCAUGUCCCCCCUCCACUGUGGUGGGACCACUCUGGAAAGGCAAGAGGGACCCCCCACCCCAGGUUUAGUUCAGAUGUGGAAACCGAUGGUGCCUCACAUGUGCACACACUGAAACGGUCUGUUGCUUACCUAUCUGAAGUCUCUGGGAGACAGGGCAGGCCCCUCAAGCAGUGUGAAACGGCCUGAAUGAGCCAGGCAGAGACCAGGUUUUCCUGAGUUUAAGGGGUGGGGUCAGUGCGCAGGUGGCCAGGGCCUUGCCAGUUUUGAAUCUCCCCCGCUGCCAAAGGAGGGAGCACCUGAGCCUUCUUAGCAGCCUGCCCAGGUGUGGGACCGAAAGGGCAGAGGGAGGGCGGGGGUUAAAGGCUGUGAGCAGUCAGAUCAAAAAUGAAGCCAGCGCUUCCUCACAGCCUGUGGAAGGAAGUCAUUUUUCCAGGGCCUGGAAGGAGCUGGUACGAAGACUAGAUUCCACCCAGCGCUUGCGCCCUGUUUCUGCCAGCGGGCACCAGCGAACCGAAAGCAGGUGUCCAUGUCUGCUUACUCUGUGCCUUCACCUUUUGCCCAGGCCUCAUUGCCAGUGCAUAACCAAGUGCUGCCUUCCAUCGAGGGUGUGGAUGGCUCCGACCCUUUGGCAACUCUGCAGACCCCUCUAGGCAGACUGGAGGCCAAAGAGGAAGAGGAUGAGGAUGAGGAUGAGGACACUGAGGAAGAUGAGGAAGAAGACGGAGAGGACACAGAUCUGGAUGACUGGGAGCCAGACCCGCCCCGGCCCUUUGACCCGCACGACUUAUGGUGUGAAGAGUGCAAUAACGCGCAUUCUUCAGUGUGCCCAAAGCAUGGCCCCUUGCACCCGAUCCCCAACCGGCCGGUGCUCACCCGUGCGAGGGCGAGCCUCCCCCUGGUGCUCUACAUAGACAGGUUUCUGGGCGGCGUGUUCUCCAAGCGGCGCAUCCCCAAGCGCACCCAGUUCGGCCCCGUGGAGGGGCCUCUCGUCAGGGGCUCGGAGCUGAAAGACUGUUAUAUUCACCUCAAGGUUUCUCUUGAUAAAGGGGACAGAAAAGACAGGGAUUUACAUGAGGACCUAUGGUUUGAGUUGUCGGAUGAGACGCUUUGUAACUGGAUGAUGUUUGUGCGGCCAGCCCAGAAUCACCUGGAACAGAACCUGGUGGCUUACCAGUAUGGCCACCAUGUGUAUUAUACAACCAUAAAAAAUGUGGAGCCCAAGCAGGAACUGAAGGUGUGGUAUGCCGCGUCCUAUGCUGAGUUCGUGAACCAGAAAAUUCAUGACAUUUCUGAGGAAGAAAGGAAAGUUCUUCGGGAGCAAGAGAAGAACUGGCCCUGCUAUGAAUGUAACCGCCGAUUUAUAAGCUCGGAGCAGUUGCAACAGCAUCUCAAUUCUCAUGAUGAGAAACUAGAUGUGUUUAGCAGAACAAGAGGCAGAGGAAGGGGACGAGGCAAGAGGCGAUUUGGUCCAGGUCGACGGCCAGGGCGUCCUCCAAAAUUUAUCCGCCUGGAAAUCACCAGCGAAAAUGGGGAAAAGAGUGACGAUGGGACACAGGACUUGCUACAUUUUCCCACAAAGGAGCAAUUUGAUGAGGCUGAACCAGCCACUCUGAAUGGGCUGGAUCAACCAGAACAGACCACUAUCCCAAUCCCUCAGCUGCCACAAGAAACCCAGUCUUCCCUGGAACAUGAACCAGAAACUCACACCCUGCAUUUGCAGCCGCAGCAUGAAGAGAGCGUGGUGCCCACCCAGAGCACGCUGACAGCCGACGACAUGCGCAGAGCCAAGCGCAUCCGAUUGGAGCUGCAGAAUGCAGCUCUUCAGCAUCUGUUUAUUCGGAAGUCCUUCCGGCCUUUUAAAUGCUUGCAGUGUGGGAAGGCCUUCCGGGAAAAGGACAAACUGGACCAGCACUUGCGCUUCCAUGGGCGGGAGGGGAACUGCCCACUGACCUGUGACCUCUGUAACAAGGGCUUCAUCAGCAGCGCAUCCUUGGAGAGCCACAUGAAGCUCCACUCAGACCAGAAGACUUACUCUUGCAUUUUUUGCCCAGAAUCCUUUGACCGCCUUGAUUUGUUGAAAGAUCAUGUGGCCAUUCAUAUCAAUGAUGGCUACUUCACCUGCCCAACUUGUAAGAAACGGUUCCCAGAUUUUAUCCAGGUGAAAAAACACGUGCGCAGCUUCCACUCAGAAAAGAUCUACCAGUGCACAGAGUGUGACAAGGCCUUCUGUCGCCCCGAUAAACUGCGACUCCACAUGCUCCGGCAUUCGGACCGCAAAGACUUCCUGUGUUCCACCUGUGGGAAGCAAUUUAAGCGAAAAGACAAACUACGGGAACACAUGCAGAGGAUGCAUAACCCUGAGAGGGAGGCCAAGAAAGCCGACCGCAUCAGUCGCUCCAAGACGUUCAAGCCCCGCAUCACGUCCACAGACUACGACAGCUUCACGUUCAAGUGCCGCCUGUGCAUGAUGGGCUUCCGCCGGCGCGGCAUGCUGGUAAAUCACUUGUCAAAGAGACACCCAGACAUGAAGAUAGAAGAGGUGCCAGAGUUAACUCUACCCAUCAUAAAACCCAAUCGUGAUUACUUUUGUCAGUAUUGCGAUAAGGUUUAUAAAAGCGCCAGCAAGCGCAAAGCCCACAUUCUGAAGAACCACCCAGGAGCAGAGCUCCCACCGAGCAUCCGGAAGCUCCGGCCCGCUGGUCCCGGAGAGCCAGACCCCAUGCUGAGCACACACACCCAGCUGACGGGCACCAUUGCCACCCCUCCCGUCUGCUGUCCCCACUGCUCCAAGCAGUACAGCAGCAAGACCAAGAUGGUCCAGCACAUUCGAAAGAAGCAUCCGGAGUUCGCCCAGCUCUCCAACACCAUACACACACCACUGACGACAGCUGUGAUCAGUGCCACCCCAGCGGUUUUAACUACAGACAGCACCACCGGAGAGACUGUGGUGACGACGGACCUGCUCACCCAAGCAAUGACAGAACUGUCCCAGACCUUGACGACAGACUACCGAACGCCACAAGGGGAUUACCAGAGAAUUCAGUACAUCCCUGUGUCACAGUCGGCGUCUGGCCUCCAGCAGCCUCAGCACAUACAGCUUCAAGUGGUGCAAGUGGCCCCGGCCACUUCCCCUCACCAGUCACAGCAGUCCACUGUGGAUGUUGGCCAGCUCCAUGAUCCUCAGCCCUACCCCCAGCACGCCAUCCAGGUGCAGCACAUCCAGGUAUCUGGGCAGCCGUUGAGUCCCUCAGCCCAGCAGGCUCAGCAGGGGCUCAGCCCCUCCCACAUCCAGGGCAGCUCUUCCACACAGGGGCAGGCCCUGCAGCAGCAGCAGCAGCAGAGUUCCUCUGUGCAGCACACGUACCUGCCCAGUGCCUGGAAUUCCUUCCGUGGCUAUUCAUCUGAGAUUCAAAUGAUGACCCUUCCCCCAGGUCAGUUUGUGAUUACAGACAGUGGUGUGGCAACUCCAGUUACUACUGGCCAGGUGAAGGCGGUUACUCCGGGUCAUUAUGUGUUAUCAGAAAGUCAACCAGAAUUGGAGGAAAAGCAAACUUCCGCCCUCUCUGGUGGAGUCCAGGUCCAGCCACCUGCACACAGUGACUCCUUGGAUCCCCAGACCACCAGCCAACAGCAGACCACACAGUACAUCAUCACCACCACCACCAAUGGGAACGGAAGCAGCGAAGUGCACAUCACCAAACCAUGACUUCCGCCCUGGAGCUCGAAUCCAGCACCCAUCUCAUGUCUGUUCUCAUAAGUCUGAAAGCUCUGACACUUAGAGCUCUUUUGUAAGAUUUAUUAUUCACUCAAGAGUCUGGAAACGACAGUUUUGUCUCUCAUCCAUCCACUGGGGUUUAUUUUGCCAAGGUCAUCUUUAUCAAAUUGACUCUUCAAACCCUUCGUUUUUUGCCACGGAACGGAGAUCUUUCAGGGGAAAGUAGAUUUCGAGAUGGAGAGAAUUUGCCUUGCUCUUGAGUUGGUCUUUUAACACACUGACAAGCCUUACUUUUCCUUGGUGGAAAUAUUAAGUGGCGUAUUGUGUUCAUACCAAAGGUGGAGACAGGAUGUGCCAAGUCCAUAGUUACUGGACUUCUUAUUCCAAGCCGUGGCACCGAAGGAGAAGGGGCAUUUUGUGGGUGUGUAUUAGGUCUGAACUGCUUUGUCUUGUUUUAGUUUUCAGUAAUUUAACAAAGGGAGCUUGUUGAAUAAGAAAAUGAAAAUGAUGAAACAAAAGUUUUGACAGUGACGUUCUGAGGCAAAAACUGUCAUCUAAAUUUUUCUUGCUGAUUUAUUUUUAAACUUCCCUAUUUUAGAAAACUGUUGUUAGGCUGUUGAUAGUGCUUUCCACAGAUGCUGGUCCUCAGUGGAUUAGGUCAGAAGCUCAUGUUCUGAUAGUUCUUCAUUAUUUCACAAAGGUGGACUCCCUGAAAGACAAAAGUCUGCUUGAUGUCAGCAAAAUCUAAACCCCUGCAUUAAAACUUUGCCUCCCAUUCUCUGGUUGUGGUGGUGGUAAGAAGGAGAUAUUGGUAUCAAGAAAAAUUACCAAAACUAGAUAGAGAGAGAGAGAGAGAGAGAGAGAAGAGAGAGAAUUGAAAUUUUGUUCUGCCUUGCAGGAUCCAUUUAUCAUUCAUUGGUAAAAGAUAUAUUCCUUGACCAAGUGUACAUUUAACUCUUGCUGACAGUGUUCAGUGUAUUUUAGUACUUUUAAUGCUAUCUUAAAAUGAACAUUCUUUAAAGUUGGAUGGAAAGCUGGCAUUUCUUAUUUCUUAACACUUUUAACUUUAAACAUAUUAUAACUCAUCUGGACCUUUUAAUAAGAUGAUCAACUUCACACUUACGGAAAAAAUUAAAAUGUGAGGAAAAGUUAUAAUAAAGUAGUUAUAAGGGAUCUGGAAGAAAUCCAGUCUUUAUGAAUAUACUAUUAGUUGGGCAUUAAAAAAUCAGUAUACAUUUUAUCAACUUUUUGUGACAUGCUAACACGUUUUUAGAAUAAUUAUUGCAUAGUAGAAUUUAUUACUCCAGGACAGAAAGACCUUACUUCAUUUCAAAUGAAGUUAAUUAAUUUACAUUUCUGGGUAAAAACUGGUUCUAUAAAUUAAGUAGAGUAGCUUCUUCAUGAUAAAGACAGUUUCUGAAAAGUGAACAGUUCUGUUAAAAGAACUUUACUGAUGGGUAGAUUUCGCACUUUAUUUCUGAGACCGCGUUCGUAUAGCUAUUCCCCAAUGUUUGAGUACGAAGAGAACUUGAGAAAGUUACUUCAUAAAUACACGGAAACUGAAAAUGGUCUCUCUGUCUUUGGGAGAAAGCUAUUCAACAGAAAAUAUUGACCCUGCAUUACAAAAUACAGACUUGGGUUCCCUAAGUCCCACAGUGUAAUGAUUACAAAUAUCCUAGUGUCCUGUCCAGAAAGCCUUUCUAGGGGAAGAACAGUAGAAUUUUCCAAAGGUCCAGUUUUAGCUUUUAUAACGGAAAUCUGGCCCUGUUACGUUCUUUUUAAUUUGAAUCAUAAGGUAUCUUCCCUCCCCUCAGGAAUAACUUACUGGAAAACUGAAAAGAAUCACUGAAUGGAAUGUUCAUUUUAUGGCAGUUAUUUUAAGUUUUAAAAUACACAGAGGAAAACAUUGUGGAAGGACCUCUUUGUUGCUUUCCCUUCUAAGUUUUCUUCUUCUUCUUUGGUCCUUAUGUGAAAUAAAGACUCUCAAACUAAUUUGUACAUUAUCAGCCAGAGAUGCGGAUGGCAGUCGAGCCAAGUCACGUGGCUUUCCGAUCAGGUAUUCUGCACAUUCGUUCCAAGGUCAUAGAUUUGUAAAAGGACCUGGAUUGAUGGUAAAUGAUGAGCCAUCAGAAAACUAAAUUUGGAAAACAUGUAUGUAGCCAGUGUGGAUAUUGUGGCCUCUCUCAAGACACAUUGACACUGUAGACUUCAUUCAGUGCAGUGUGAGUAUUUUGGAGUAAGUUGGAUGUAGAUUUUGUUUUUAUUGUUGAUUUGUACCGACAGAAAUAGACAUUUCAUCAUGUAAAAUUCCUGUUUUUCUGGAAAAACCUAUUGUUUUGAUCUUCUUGUUUUCUGACUCGGAAGUAUCCUUUCAAAAAACUCUUAAGAUAUCUAGGUCUAAAAAGCACUUCGUGAGAUGCUGAAGCUGACCCACUGGUUGAAAAUGUUGACCCUAUCCUGUUAUUUAAAUGUGAACAUUUAUUGUACAUUCAGUGAGUUAUAGUGUUAAUAGUCUUGUGCUAUGCAGCAGGUGUAAAAAUUAAUAAAUAUAUUUUUUAAUAAGCCUGUUUGUUUGUAUGUGUGAAGCUA